AUGUACGUCCCAGUAUGUGACAGCAACAUCAUGACUGUAAGUGAGAGCCUGGUCAGCGCAGACAUGUGUGGCGCUGUCCUCGUCAACAUAGAACUGGUGGCGGCCUUCAUCACCUACAAGUCAUGGUUCACAAUAUGUGAUCCGUUGACUUUCCUACUGGUGCGCUUCAUGUGCCCAAGGGAUACCGGUACUCGUGCCACUGAAGGCAUUCCCAACAACAUUGAACUGAAGCUCUGCCGAAUCCAGCGCUGUGGUCCUAGGAACCUCUACGAGUGUACCUUCCGCAGGACUACAAAAGACAAGUAG